ACAAGUUAAUACUCAUCGCACAGGGCGGAGAGCGACGCGCCAAAGCACUUGCCGAGAAGGAGAUGGGAACAAGUAUUGCCCUUGUUUGUUAUUGUUGUUCGAAUGCAUAUAAAUACCUGUGCAAUCACAAGCUAUGGACGUUUUUUCGGAAUACCACAUCCAACAUCCAGCAUUUUCAUACCACAAACAGAGGACGACGACGAGAACGAAAACAACAACAACAACAACAACAACAGAAAAUGAUGAUGAAGAUGGGAUUAUUCUCCAAAAUCCAAGUGCUGUUAAUAUUCAUAGGGAUAUGCCAGGUCAUGUCCCUGGCAUGGGCAAAGCCCCUCGAAGAGGGAGAUAUGAUAAUGGGCGAUACUGAGCCUAUCUAUGAAUACCAAAUGGUAGCGUGGCCGACGGACCUGGAGGAUGAUGACAUUGUUGAUGUUUUGGAUGAUGAUGAUGAGGACUUGGAAGGGGAUUUUGUUACAAGUGGGAAUAAGCCGAGUCAACACGAUGAACUGGACACUGAUGCAGAGCCACCUUUACCGGAAGAGGACCAGGAUCCUGUCGAGACCGUACAUGUUUUAGAAAACUACCAUAACACAUUUGCAAAUGGAACGGAAGAAAUCAAAUUGGUAAUGAGCAAUGGCCAUGUCAACUAUCAACGCAUCGAAUUAAAGGAGGUUGGUGGUGAGUUGCUGCCGGUACAGGAUGGUUAUUUCACUGUACCCGUUGACGGAUCUCCCCGGACGUUCCAAACAACUUACUACCAUGCCGAUGAGAAGGGCUACAACGUGUAUAAGACCGAACAAACUGUGCGCAAUCCCGCUCAUGAUGUCUACCUGGAAUAUAUUAAAACAGACCAGGAGACUGUGAAGUGA